AUGCUCAAGACAUUCCCAAUUCUGUCAAGAGCAGAGACCACGGCCUUGAAACAGCCCAAGGAAGUAUUCUCUUAUAGCCGAAAUAUCGAAGGAGAAUGGCUCACCGAUGAGCAUAUUUCGAAGAACGAAGCCCUCAGCUACUUUUACCUUCCAGAUUCAUUUGUAGAUAGACAAUAUGAUCUUCAAGGAGGAUUCAAGUCGUUUCAGAAGACCCCCGAACAGCAGAAUGUGGCACAUUUUCCGCUGUACCUUGAAGCCAUCCAGAAACAUGAGCAGAAAACAGGCAAGAAGGUCAAGGCCGAUAUAAUUACAUUCCGAGGCAUCAUGACCAAGUUGCUCACGCUUCCAUACAACUUGAACAAACCAUUUCAGCUUUAUGCGAUAGCUUUUGACGGUCAACUCUUUAUCAAGAACGACGACGAGCUGGACUUGAAGGUCCGUGCAGAGGAAGAAGCGAAAAACAACGAUGAGCAGGCCAGAUACAUGAAGGUUUGUGAAUAUGGAGGUUAUAAGUUUGAGACUCUCGUGACACUUCCCAAACCAUGGGCAGAAUGUUCUCGAAAGACCAUUGAAAACAGAAACAAGAAGGUAGUGAAUAACUACGAACAGUACAUUAGCGUUGUACGCACUGGAAUUGGAAAGGUUAAGACGCUAUUGGCAGGCGAGGUGGAUUGUGUGUGGGAUUAUGUUCCUGAGGACAAGCAUGAUGAUAUCCUCAGCCACUACGUAGAGCUUAAAACCAGUCGAACAAUCACACGGCCCAACCAGGGAGGCGAUUUCGAGAAGAAGUUGUUCCGCACAUGGGCACAGUGCUUUUUACUCGGAAUCAAGCGCAUUGUGUACGGAUUCAGAGAUGAAAACCAUAUCUUGAAGGACAUGGAGGUGUACAAUACGGAGGAGGUGCCAGUUUUGAUCAAGGACAGCAAUCUUCCGUCGAAGGGCCCCAAGAUAGUGUGUGUGAAUGCAUUGAAGUGGUACGGAGCGGUGUUGGAGUGGCUCCAUCGCAACAUUGAUGUGACUGAUGAGCAAAAGGCUUACAAGAUCACCUAUGAUCCUGGAUCGAGAACCUUUCUGUUGACUGAAUGUAUUGGUGAUGAAAGUAAGGAGCUUCGGAACGGAGGCAUUUUGACGGAGGAGUUCAAGGUUUGGAGAGACCAGUUGAAGUAA